CAUGUGACCACUUGGAAGAAAUAGAAAGUCUGCAGAACACAGUGGAAAGCCUGCAAGAAGAGCUUCGCGAGACUCGAGCUGAGCUUGCCCAAGCACGGCAGUGUAUUGAUGCUGCAAAAAUGGUCAAGCGACUAAAGCACAUGAUAGACAAGGCUGGCACUCCUGCAGAGGCUGUUGGCGUUGCACCGGCCCCAAAAGUAGACAUCGGUGACGGUGUGUACGUUGAAGAAGGCCUGCUUAUGAGGCUGCGCCUGGAUGCAAAUAAUUCAGGUUCACGGUUCGCGAGGGGCCUCCUUAAAGCUCUUUUUACAAAAGAAGAGCUUGAAGGGAGGUCCCUCUUUGGGCGGCCUUCGAAUGCCCAUAAAGGCCUUCCGCAGAAGGAGCCACUAGACUCCAGGAAGGUCAACGCCAUAUUGGGCUACACAACGCGGCACUUCAAUGUCCGGCCAGGACAGCUCAAGAACACAUUGUCGUCACUUCUAGCCCGGGGCUAUUAAAUGGAUU